GUUUUGAUCGGUUGUUGCACACGUGGGCUGGCCAAAGCGUACCUGUCGGUCAGCGGCGAUUCGAUGGAACCGAUCGAACGAACGGGACGCGCCUUAAAAUCUCGCCACGGUUCCGAGGACUGACGUAAUACGAAACGGUGAUGGUGAAAACAAUCGUGACCGUUCCGACGUGACAGCGACGAUAACGGGAGAGGUUGCCGGACGUGUAAAAGUUUUUCGAUGAUUCGCGAUGGUGGAACGAUAGCGGGAAUCGGCGAACGGAAGACGGAAUUAAAUAAAGAGCCAAGAUGGAAACGAAAAUAGUCUCCAUAGAUACGGUACGAGUUACAUGCGCGAGAAUUUUAAGAUGCACGUUGCCUGACGGUGUCGCGUCUCUUACGUGCUGCUGUCUGCCGGUGGACAGCCUCACUCUGUCGCGGUGUCCGGCGAUGUCGCGCGAGACGUGUCGCGUUUUUUCUCCAGUGCUUUGUGCCCGUUUCGGAUUUUCAUCGUUCGACGUUUAUUUGCGCGGCACCCUUGCGUCGUAACGGCCCAAAAUUAUUCUUCCCGGUAACGCGAACGUAGCGUGGUAAUCCCGUCGCGGAAUUGCGCACUUCUUUCGUGGCACUCUGCCAAUUUCAAGGUUCAGGUACUCGAGAUCGGUGCGCUAUCGAAUCGCAGUGGUGAGGUUAGCACGUGAGAGAGCCAAAACGAGGACGAAGACGUUUGAAAUGAGGAAAAGUAACGGGGCGAAUAACGGGUCGAAUUUAACGCAUCUUGCCGUUACGGGCACGUUCGCGAGCGCAGUCGUUAGGUCACAGCGGAUAAUGUAACUCUAUGACCGGCUGCGUGUCGAUAAUGCGCGUCUGUCUCGAUCAUGAAAGAAUCGUUUCCGUUCUGCGAGAAAACACUCGAUUUCCGAAUGUCAGCCGCCGAAGAUCUGCUUCGUCAGUGGAUUGUAGUCCCACUUCCAGUUCAACGAAGUUUAGAAACCUUGUCUUCGAUAAGCCAGAUCCUUAACGUUAUCUUGGCUGCUUAUCGAUAACGAUGACGCAGUACGGCUUCUCAAGAAUCGUAAACGUGCAGUUUCUCCCGGUGAAUAAUCGUCCAUCUCGAUUACGCAUUUAUCGAUAUAAAAUAUUUACAUACGAACAGAACACGUUUGUAACAAACAUAAAAAUAUUUUAUCUUUAUUAAAAAUUAGACAAUUGUGAUGUUUAUUUCGAAGAAACUACGAUGUAUUUUUAUCUACAAUUUUGCUUAAACAUUUAUUCGUUUUUGCAGACUAUGAAAUAUUUCCAUUUUUAAUUGUUUUUCGCCCGCAAUAUUGCGAAUUUUUAUUUUUGAUUUCGUGCCAUACAUAUUCAAUUACGCUUUUAAUUCAGCAAGUGAGGUUACGCUUCGAUCGUUUUGGAACAGUUAUAAAUAGACUGCGGAUAUUAUGUAUUUAUUAUUAUUUAUUAGACUUGUAAUAAUACGGAGGAAUAUAUGAAAAAUACAAUAGCAGCAACAUUUCAUUUUGUAUAUUGCAUUCGGCAAUAUUCGUAUAUGCCAUUAAUGCAUAAAAUUAAUUUACGUUUUAAUUGUCAAUUUUAUAAACGUUGAAUGUGAUUGAAAUGUUUAAUUUUUUUGCGUUUGCUUGAAAAAUUCGUCAUGAGAAUGCCUGAAUAGGUUUCUUCGUGUCCAUGUUGCCUUCGACAAAAUGUGAAUUAUCGCGACCAGAUGUCGCCAUGCAUCCCCAAACCAUAACCAAUGCCAUGUUUGACCGUAGCAAUAUGUAUCUCCGGAUUGUGGUGUUCCCGUUUGAAACACAUAUAGCAGUGAUUUUUAACCUUUUCCGUCUCGUGACCUCCUUCCGAGUUUUAUUUAUCUCUGUGACCUUUAACCACUUUUUCGAUCGAUUUUUUCAUUGUUGUACAAAGUUAAUAUUUAACUUCGUCGAUAUCAUACAACGGAACAAGUAACAAUACAAAUGGUAAAUUUUCAAAUUGCUUGUUGAAAUUGAAUUCCGCGAGUGUAACGCGUGUUAGGAAAAAAUGCGCCGCUCAUCAUGCUUCCGAGAAUUCUAUUACCGUGUUCCAGGAAAAUUCUGACACUGACUCCGCGUGAAUGAACUGAUGUAAUAGGAUUUCCGGAACUCAGUCAUAUUCCACUUUCGAAGGAACGCGGUUUCGUUACGUAAAAAUUAGAUAAACUUAAUUCGAAGAUCGACAAUUUUUAAAUUUCAAUUUAAGAUUACAUUAAAUUUUGAAAUUAUAGUUCAGUAGCCUUAAACAAUGAAGAUAAAUUAAACGUGGUCGAAUUUUCCAUAAACUAUAAACAUAGUGGGUAAACUUACCCCUGUUAAAAAUUAUUUUAUUUAUUUCGUGUCUUUAUUGUACGUGUAUAUAGAGAAAGAAGAAGAAAGUAACUGGAAUAUUGAUACAAGACUUAUCCACGUUAUAUCGUGCAAUUAAAAUCGUCGUGACGGGUACAACGAUUAUAAAUUCUAUGAAUCAUAAGAAAGGAAGUAAAUAUGUACAGUGCUUAUGUUGAAUGUACGCUCGGUAGAAAUUUUAACAUGGACUAUGUAAUGAGUUGAAUGGAAAGUUUUUGCGUUUUCUCCGAGAUGGUGUUGGUGUAGAUCAAUAUGAAAAUUAACGAUUCCCAUAUUGUUGGUUAUAUUAAAUGAAAAUGAAACAAAAAGUUAGAAGGAUCGAUAAGAUGCGUAUUAGCGUUUUUUGAAUCAGCCUUAUUGACUCGUUCGAAUAAUUUUGAUUAUUGCUCCGCAUAGAACCAAUUAAUUCGAUCACACGAUUACGAUAGAUCCAGAAGUUUCAAUCGACGCCAUUGUUCCUUUUCUCCUACACCUAUACACAGGGAAGAUGCACACUUGUCCAAACACACGUGCUGUUCGGUACUCGCAUUCGCACCGUAAAUAACAAUACCUAUUCAUUGCACUAAGGAUAGAUUCUAUUGCAAAAAUAUACGCAAGUGGGGGAAAAAGAAAUUUAAUAGGAUAAUGAUUAAAUAUAGCAAUGCACGGUUAACUUUCCGCGAUUCAUCCUCUGUCCCCAAUCCCUUGCACUCGGCGUCUCGGGUUCAACGAAAUCUGAUCUAGCAGAGAAGGAAAUAGAACACUACAUUCCUAAAUUAAUGUACAAAAAAGUGCAGAGUUACACAUUGGUACUACCAAUGGACUAAUUGUUAAUAUCGUAAAAAAGUUAUUCAGCAGUUUGGAAGGUCUCAUGAUACUAAACAUAACUUAUAAAAAUCAAGUCAAUCGGAUAAAUAUGCUAAAACUGUCAUUCGAUUUCCAGCUAAAUUUUCAACAAAAAAUUGACAAAUUUAAAGUAAAUUGUAAGUAAAAAAUUAUGGAUUGCGUUAAAAUCUAUAUUUCUUUAUUAGUAUUUCAAGAUGUAAUAAGUUACGAAUCGUAGGUUUCAAAUUUUUAACAUCGUUCCAUUAGUAGAGACUGUGCGUCGAGGAGAAAACAACGAAAUCGUAUAAGCACCCGUGUGGCGUGCAACGUGUACGACGAGGCAUAGAAAACUCGCGUUAAAAGAGUACACGGCGUUAACGUUCGACGGCGCAAGUCCCACACAGUGGGAGAGCAACGGCGAACUACGUGGGGGUUGAAACGUGGUGGGGGAUCGUGGAAGGAGCGGGUUAAACGCGAGGAAGCAAGGAGUACCCAGCGCGUAUAUACCGGUACUAAUGGCACGUUUGGGCAAACACGCGUUUCGAGCUGUUACAAGCGUUACAUUCACUGGACGAACUACCCAACGUGUCUCGUUCGCCGCGAUGAUUCCGUCUGAUUUCCGAGUGUGCCGCCAGAGCACGCGAUCGGCCAAAUGGCUUACGUAAGUUGCGCGGUAACGUCGAUUGCCCCGAGUUAAAUCGCACCGCUCCUUUUUUUAACCGCAACGCGAGUAUUCGAAGAGAUCCCGGACCGGGUGACGGACCAACGAUAUUCUCGCGCCGGACGUAGCGAAACAUUCGCGCGAACACACGGGUCCGCGUACGCCGGAAGCCACCCACGACGGAGCACGAGACACUCUGUCGUUUCUUUCCACGAAAACGAAACAGAGUUGCCGGCUCUUGGCUUCGCUCGAAUCGACGUUCGACAACUGGGACGCUGUCGUUAUUCACGUUUCGAGCCGCGAACAGUGCAAAACAGAACAGAAGUAUUCGCACGGAGGAGAACGAAUCAACGAAUUUCGAACGAUAAAAGAAAGAGAAAAAAAGAAAAGUGUGUCGUGCACGAAAUACGAACUCGGCGACGAGCGUGUGGCGGGUGACCCAGAAACGACACCGAAGCGGUAACAUUAUCAUCGCCGUGGACGAAUUUCUCGACGGGUGCCAAGAAAAAACGAACAAGGGGACCGAGGAAUGCGAGCAUUGUUCUUUCGGCGUGCUAUGCGAUAACGAGAGGGACACUUUCGGGGUACGAAAACCGUCUGCUGUGCUCGGCGCGUUCGCGACAGCAAUUAUGAAAUUCGCGCCACGACGUCGAACGGACGCCUUCGUUUGAAUCGCUUACGAGGACGGAAUAGUCACGUUUCGAUCGACGAGUUUCUCCCUGGGGAAGCAAAUUGGACGUUGACGACUCGGAACGGGGAAGAGAAUUGUUUCGACGACGAUACGAAAACGAGAACGAGAACGAGAACGGGCGAGAGAAACAAAUGCGUCGGUCGUCGCUGUCGGCGGUUACGGACACGGACACGAACGGAGACUGUACGAAAUAUGUCAUGGAGUUUCGUAUCUGCGAUCCCUGUGGUUCGUGGUUGAAGACACGGCAACGGUCGAGCGUCGUCCCGUCUAUAAAGCGCGUAGUUCAGGCCCGCCGUGGAGUUGACGCACUGGCCGCGAUCGUUGUGUGAUAUCUCGUGUAUUUUGGAACACGCGGUCGUUUGUAUUCUCGGUCGCGUCUCGUGCUCGAAAUUCACGGCGACUUUUUUGACGGUUCUGUAUCGGAUCGAGCGUGCGUUGGAAAGUGCGGUGAGGUAAAACUAAAGUGAGGUGGCCUGAUCACGCGGUGAAGAUGGAGGAUACAGGGGCAAAAAUCACGCCGGGAGCUAGCAUGUCCGUGUUGGUGCUCAUGAGCACGCUGUUCCUCGGCGUAGCCGUCCUCGUAAUCGGUUACAUCGUUAGCCGGUUGUCACGUUCCAGCAGAUCUUCGGAUUCGACGAAAAAUUCCACAGGAUCGGAAAAAGUGAAAUUCGAGGACUCGAGGGACCCCACGAGCGGAACGAUUGGGGCUGGAACGACUGGCGGGGGUGCGAGCAGCAACAAACGCACCAAGAACAAGAAAAGACGCGAGGCGCAGCAGGAGUUCACGCAUUCCUGGAUGGUUGGCGCGUUGAAGGGUCACACUGCUCCCGUCCUCGACAUGAAUUUCUCCAGCAACGGCAAGUUUCUCGCAAGCUGCGCGGAAGAUUGCGGCCUGCGGCCGGAAGAGGAGGUUCUGGACCCUGGGGAGACCGAUCGGUACGGCUGCAAGGUGAAUCGUGAACCGCCGCCGUCCCCGCCAUCGAUGAAGACGCCUGGCGGCAAGAGCAAGUCGUCAUCGUCGUCGCCGGCAUCGAGCACGUCCACGACCACGAUCGCGACUGGCGCGACGUCAGCGGCCUCGACGAAGGAGGAUCGCGCCAUCUUGAGCAGGAGACAGCGAAAGAACCGCACCAGAGCGCCGCGGGACCAGCGUCGCGAGCUGCGCGACGACGAGCACGAGGACGAGCAAACCGCGCAGCAGCAGCAACGACACCGUAGACACCAUCACUGCCGUCAGCAACACUACCAGAACAGCCCGACCAGAGGCAACGACGCCAACGGGAUAUCGUCGGUAGCCGGUCGGAACGCGUCCAGGAGGAAUCAGUCGCAGAACGACUCGCGUCGCGACGAGAACAAAAAUGAGACCGUCGCCGGCGGGAACAACGGGUCCAGAAAGUCACGCGUGAUCUUCCUCAGCAAUCAGAGGAAGGAGCUGCAUCAUUUGAGCGACGCGUCGCUGGCCUCGUUGCUACGCAGAUACACGCUCACCGGGGAGCAGCUGGCGCACCUCGGCUAUCCCGUCGAGUGCAGCUACUUCCCGGGUUACGCCGUGAUCAUCAAUCAUCAUCAGCACCCCAUGGGACACCGUGCCCGUGGCUAUCAUCAUUUGGACGCGAACGCGCGCGAAUUCGUGCCUGGAAGCGGCACCAGUUCGUCGUGGACGAUGGUGGAGAGCGAGGCGGACAGCGGCAAUUGCAGCGGUAGCUCGCUAGACAGUUCGGAUUUGGAACAGGAGAGCUCGUCGGACAGCGACAAGAGCUCCGACAUCGGUGAGUCGUUGUCGUCUUCGUCCUCGUUGUCGUCCUCAUCCUCCUCCUCCUCUUCCUCCUCGUCCUCGUCGAGUUACGAAGAGAAGUCCAGGAGGGACUCGACACCCGACCCCUACGAGCUUGUGGUGGUCGAAAGACGAUGCGCCAGAUGUUUCAAGAGCUUCUAUGUGAAUCGGGAGGACGGGGAGUACAUGCACGAGGAGCGCUGCGUCUACCAUUGGGGGAAGCUACGCAGCGGAUUGGUCGACGGCUCGCACGGCGACACGUGGGAGUGCUGUCGCGGUCGCGAGAACGCCAGAGGCUGCACCACCGCCAAGAUGCACGUGUGGACGGGGCUGGCGCCGGGUUACAACGGUCCGUUCGAGGGCUACGUUCGCACCAGGCCCGCCAGGAGCGUGCCCAAGGACGGGAAUUACGGGGUGUACGCGCUGGACUGCGAGAUGUGCUUCACGCGGCGCGGCCUCGAGCUGGCCAAGCUAACGGUGGUCGGGAUGGACGGUAAAGUGGUGUACGACACGCUGGUGAAGCCCGACGCGGAGGUGAUCGACCACAAUACCAGAUUCAGCGGCAUCACCGCGAAGGAUCUGUCCAGGGCGUCGAAGAUGCUCAGGGACGUGCAGAAGGACUUGACCAGCUUCGUGCACGCCGAGACCAUACUGAUCGGUCACGGUCUCGAGAACGAUCUCAGGGCGCUCAGGAUACUACACACGACGGUGAUCGACACGUGCGUCGCGUUCCCGCACUUUCUCGGUUACCCGUUUCGUAGCAGUCUGAAGACGUUGGCGCGAACGGUGCUGCGAAGGGAGAUCCAGGUGACGGAACACGAUUCUGUGGAGGAUGCCAGGAUCGCGGUGGAUCUCAUGCUUCGAAGACUACAGCACGAUCUCUCGUAGGAGCGUCGCGAGACGAUCGCGAUGGACAGAGAGAGAGCGAAGGUACUGGGUUGGUAAAAUGGAGGGCGAAUACAAGUGAACGAACUGAUUCUCUCGGAGAUCUCUGUUUCCGUCGCGCGAGGCAAAAUUGUUUGGGAACUGUGCGCGGUUUCGCGUUCCGAGGUCUCGUUGCACGCGCGGUUCCGUCGUUUAUUAUUUUCUUUUAUACUUUCUUUUUUUUUCUUUUUUUUUUCUUUUCUUUCUCUCUGUUUCGUCGUCGACAGAAAGACGCUAACGAGAAUGGAUCUCCCCGCGACGGGCCGGCGAUAACGCUGUCUGAUCCGCGCGCAACUCUCCCGUCAGUGUUCAGUUCCAAGUGAAGUCUGUGAUACGUUACAUAUACAGAAAGAAACUACACGUAGCCGAGCGGUUUCGCCAGGGACGCGCUCUCGUCGCUCGCACAGAUGGACUUUAGACACACAUAAACACGAUUCAUGCGUUUCUCGGUCUUAUGCAUAACGACGUAUUCGGUCUUACGCGUCGUCGCGCCGUUGCCGAGGAAAAGGUUUGGCUCGAUUCCGUGUACGUCUACUCGAAUAUUUAUUUUUUUUUUUUGUCUCGAUGAAUCUCUUACGUUACGUUUGGGGUGUCCCAGAAAAUGUCGCGCGUUUCGAAACCCCCCGCGCGAGACGCCAUGCUGCUUCUUCGGGCGCGCAGGAUUAUGCGCGUUCACGUUCGAUGACGUCACAGUUGUGUUCGCUCGAACGAAAUGCAAGAUGCAGUUUUCGCGAUCGGCGCAGCCAGAGAUUUUUAACCAUCUAUUAACCCCAAGCCGUACGACGUACGUACAAUUUUUCGAAUGUACAUUAAUUUUGUUCAAAUUUCUUUAAAAAUGUGUUGAUUUUAAUAUAUUGGACUUCGCGGACGAGAACAGUGAGACUCGUCGGUGCACGGUAAGGGGUUAACUCGUACGUUUCGUUUCGUUGGACGGUUUUAGGAUAAUCAGGGAACAGUGAUCAAAAUGGACGAUAUUCCGUAGGACACCCCAAUAGUACCGAAGCUGAUCGUUUCAGUUUUGACGAAUUUUUGUUAUUUUGACGAUUGAUAUAUUUUAUUUGAUGAGAAAUGACUAAUCGAUCUGAAUUGAUAGACAAUGUGUCGCUUGUUGUCCGAUCGUGCAAGUGCAGCAAACUUGUGGGCGUCGUCCGCGUUAAGACGGGUAAACCACCAAACAAUUUUUCUUCUCCCUGGGGGAAAACAGACUCCGUUGUUAUUAAUUCUCUAGCAGUUACGAUAAAGAAAUUCGGAAGUUUUUGGUGGAGAGUGGUGGUGCGGAGAUAAAAAAAAAAAAAAAAAAAAGUGCCCGAGUACGGAAAAUAAAAAUAAUUAUUAUUAGAAGCUUUUUUAUUAAGAGAUGCCUUAGAGUACAAUUGAAAUAAUAAUACUCGAACGAAGUACUCGACUCGACAUAUUCGCUUUUUCUACAGAGUAACUUCUCGAUUUUACACGGUCGAUUCAUAUUCUGUAGCCUUUCGCCGCGAUAUAGGGGCCAUAGUUGCGAAAAACGGUGUUUUGUAUAAAAUAUUAGGACGCUAGUAGAAAGUAGAAAGAAAUUAUUUUCAAAAACUCGUCCAGUUUCGAUGUUCACAUGUUUUGAUUGUUGAUAAUUUUUUGAUUUUCAAAUAAUUAUUUUUUUGAACGUCUCGCGUUCAUUUUUAACCGGGGGAAAAAACUACUCUCCUGUUCAAACUAGACCACUUUGACGAUUAGCAGGAAAUCGAAUAUAAAGCGUCAAUAAAUGUCUCGUUUGACCUGGUUGACCUAUAUUAUUCGUUCGAAAGUUCGCAUAGUUAAAUACGCGAAGACUCGUGAAACGAUAAUUGGUUACAUCAACGUUUAUACGUCUGUUCGAACGAUAGUACUAAAGCGUACGGGGUUGUGUGCAACCUGGCGGCCAUAUUGGAUUGCAUAUGGCGCUGCCGUGCAACUUAUCGUUCUAUAAAUCGUCGCAUCUAUGGACCCUGUAAGUCGAAUAUCGCGUAAGGAAAUUGUAUUAAAAUGCAGGAUGUACCUUUGGGUAGUACACGAUCUCAGUUUCAAAGGUUAAUUAAACAGGCUCAUUAAGUACUUAUUUGUGAAAAGAAAUUCAUUUGAUAUGCAAAUACAGCCCGAACUCUGUUAUAAAGAGCCACGAAUUCAAUUAUUCGCAUUCGCGACAAACGUACGAACUUUGAGACACGUCAAAGUGAUAUUUUCGAAACAAAACGUCAAUUUACAAAUUUAUGAUCAAAACUUGAAUUGCAAUCGCGUUUAUUAUUAACUCGUUGACUGCCACGCCUAGUUUAUCUUGUCUUAAAGAUACUCUCGACAUUUAUACAAAUCACAGUAGGACUAAAAACUAGAAAUAUUCGACAGUUUAAUCGUGUACUUGAUAUCUCAUAACGUUAUUAAAAAUUUUACAAUAUUUUAAGUUUGAAAACACAGUCAACGCGUUAAUUAAUAUUGCUUAUAAGCGUACGAUUUUAAACUUACAAACAUAUACAUUCUGUUUAAUAUUAAGCGUAUCGUAACUUUUACACGUAUAUCAAUACAAAUAAUAUUUAGUUAUGUAAUCGCGUUACGUUCUCAUUCAUAUUUGUUUUGUUCUUUUUACGCGCAUCUUUAUAAAACUAUCCGGAACGUCAAAAAAAAUGGCCGACAUAUUUACGAGUGACGGUGUUCUAUAUAACCGAGUUCGAUGGUACAUACAUGCAAAAUUAUGUAAAGAAAAUAAAAAGGUACAACUGUAUAUGUAUGAACCCGCGUAACUCGAGAACUUCCUGUACUCGAAUAUUUCAAGUAUUCCGCGAGUUUCUAGGUUAGGUGAUCUAACAGGAACGAGAUUGUCUGUCCUGAAUCAGUAAAUCACCGAAAUACAAAAUGAUCUCAAUAAAUAGUUCCGAUACGAGGAUUAGUGUAUUAUAAAAAAAAAAAAAACAAUAAAAGAAAAAAAAAGAAGCGAAUUAUGGGAUUCCCGUGUUCGAAUUAGGUGUAUCCGUCCGCAAGACGUUUUCCUCGACAAGCGCCGCGAUGCUGUGUGCGCGCGCAACACUCGUGUAGGUGUCAUCUGCGUCUCACAAUUUCAUGGAUCAUACCUUUGUACAUGUGUGUAUAUAUAUAUAUAUGUGCGUGUGUGUACACACAGAAUAUGUAGGACCUAUAUGUAUAUAUACACAUAUACACAUAUUAUAUAUAUAUACAUACGCACCUUUAUACCUUACGACCUCUCUCAUGCAUAUUUCAUCCAGCGUUGUUUUUUCGUACACGUACAGCGAGAGGAGGACACGCGGCGUCAUUGAUGCUGGUAAGUGUCUCGGUCUUCCACGAUGAUGGCUUGCAUUUAAAUUCUCCUCGAAAACGACGUCUAGAAAAUUCGACGCUAAACGAGGACACACGGAUCGAGAAAUAAUUCGGAAUUAAUGCGCGCUGCGUUUCUGUUUUUUUUUAUUUUCUUUUCUUUUCGUGUUUUUGGACCAGCGCAGCUUCGAAAAAUUCGAACGAUCGACAGCUUCGACGAAGAUUCGGGAGUUUCGAUCGUCCGUUGGGUUCGACGCAGCCGAACGACCGUUUUAAAAUAAUCGUUCGCCCGCGUUGGGCCCUAAUCGGGAAACAAAAUCUUGCUCGCUCUGGUCGCGAGAAACGAGACGAGAAAAAAACGCGUGUCCUCUGGCCGUAUUUUUAUCGGUAGACACGUGCAACUUCGCCGCUCAAGAGUAUCGAUUUCUGUUUUGGUUUUGUGCCCCGAAGACGUCGAGCGAAACGUGCGCGGGCCGCGGAGUCGUUUUUAUUAUCGACGAUGGUACAGCCGUGCCACGGACCAGUUUUUUUUUUUCGUUUCGCGCGUGUCCUCGUCGCGUAAAUCAUAACUGGACGAGAGAAGCCUUAGAACCGCGCGUCCGAUUUCGCCUCACGCUCGAUACGCCACGCAGAUAAUGUUCCGUGAUUUUAUACUUUAUUACCGCCGUUAGUGACGCCCCGUGUGCCCGUUUGUUGCAUCAAUAUGUACGUUAGAAUAAUAAAGUGCACGAGGUGUGCAAGCGUUCAGCGACGACGGAAUCUUUGUAUCCCCCCACCCCAAACCCCUUAGAGUUUGACGACUGUGCGCCUGCGCACCAGAGAUGAGGAAAAUUUUUAUCCAGAUAAAAGUUUUCGAAUAACGAAUACAAGACGGACCAUUUAUUCGUUCGCUAAAUAAAUAAUUUUAAUUAAUAUAAGACGUGGUAGUCUCUUCCGUUGCGCGUUACGUGUUACGUGUUACGUAACCUUUAAAUCUUUUAUUUUAAUUAAAAUCACUGCUUUUUAACCCUUUCGAUACGAACGAUGAUUACAGUCGCCCGUUAAAGUUUUACAAAACAAUCGAAAAACGAUAUUUUAUUAAAUACUGUCUCGAACCCGUGAAUUAUUUCUACAAAUAGCUUGAAAAAUCGAAGACUUGCAUAGUUGGUGAUAUUGAAGCGAAUGUUUUGUUUCCACCGAUUUUUACAGUUCUGUACAGCAGCAACGUGCUAUUCGUAUCGAAAGGGUUGAUAAUAAGUCGUCGCAAAGAGUGAAACAUUUCGUAACGAACAAAUAAAAAUUUUUACCAUCUCUGCGACGCGUUAAAGAAGUAAAUCCUAACCUCUCGAAGACUCGUGUGUGUGUUACGAGCCGAAUUUUUACUUAAUUUUUAUCCCCUGCCAACGAUUAUUUUCGUUCCUGAUUUUUUUACCAUUUUUUUUUCUUUCUUUCUUUUUCUCGUUAUUUAUGUCAUAACUCGCGUUCGGAACGCCCGUAAACAUUGUUCCAUUCUCUUUAGUCCGCGUCCUUCUUGGCUUGUACAAGGUGUCACGAUCGCAUCUGCCACAAUAAGAUUGCGUGUACUCACGCUGUAAUUACACGAUAAUUAGAUAGUUUUUACACGCUUUAGGGACUUACAUUUAGAAUUACACCGCGAUCGGACGAUAAUUACCGUGUGAUUACACGUAAUCCCGUCGUGGCAAAUGUAAUCGGAAUACAUUUUACCCAACUCCGUCAUGGUUAGAUUGUACGCCGUUGGUUUGGUGGAUAUUGGUAUAGAACUUGACCUUGUUAGAGUUUUUAAAUCAAUGUAGGUAAUAAAUAUACCGAUAUUUUUCACUUUGGUGUAAGUUCCUGAUUUUGCAGCAUGUUGCACCAAUUUCCACUAAAUCGUAAGUGUAGAAUCCAUCCACGAUACUCGUGACAUAUACAGGGUGUUCUGUCAACCCUGGGAAAAAUUUUAAUGGGAAAUUCUAGAGGCCAAAAUAAGACGAAAAUCAAGAAUACCAAUUUUGUUG